UGCGCUUCCCCACGAGUUAUCGCUCUGCUGUAUGUGAGUGGUUCAUCUCCUGGAAACAGAGGACGUCCUCCUCACACAUGGAGGAGAUGCGCUUUAGUACUCUCAUCCUGACAGAUAAUGUCAUAUAGGCAUAAUUCACGACACCUCCAUCAUCUAAUUCACACCAACAGGAGACUCUUGGUAGACGCAGUCGCUUCUGUUGUUAUCUUGUUUUCUUUGGGAACCGUUUGCCAAUAGUCUAUCAUUCACCCAGCGUCUCCAUGAUACAGCGCGACUGGACUGGAUGCGGCCGCAGAGAGAGAGAGAGGCGGCUUUGUCGAUUUAGUUAGUCUCUCCUUAGGAAACCCGAGCGCCUCCGUUGACCCUAAUGGAGCGGCACGAUGAGCCGUCCGAGAGCUUCAAUCACCAUGAUUGCGCAGAGGAGCUCGGUCCUCCUCCCUUCUGCUCGUGUGAGCACACAGGCGACCCACAGCAGGAAGAGACCGCAAUAAUGAGGAGGACUGACAUCUACCUGCCAGUCCCUGGUGAGGAGAAGAACCUGGAUGUGGACUUCAUCGGCACCAAAGGCACCGAGUCCAUACCCAUGAAGACUCUUAAUGGCUCGUCAUUAGGCCCGUAUUUCUCUGAUGGGCGGCGGCGUGUGGACUAUGUGCUGGCAUACAGUAUCCAAAAGCCCAGCAGCAUCCGGCGGCAGUCAUCCAAAUUUGGUGAGAAUAACUUCAUACGACGGCUUCGCCGCAGCAUGAGUAUGAGGAGCAGCAGAGCCCCACUGCAGCCAAAGGAAGACCCAGAAAUCGCUGCCCAGGAGCAGAGAAAUGACUAUCAUGAGGAUGACAAGCGCUUCAGGCGGGAGGAGUUUGAGGAAAACCUGUUGGAGACGGGGCUAGAGCUGGAAAAGGAUGAAGAGAGUAAAAUUCCUGGAAUUGGCUUCCUGAAGAUCCACGCUCCUUGGAACAUUUUGUGCCGAGAGGCUGAGUUCAUGAAGCUCAAGAUGCCGACAAAGAAGGUUUAUGAUGUGAAACAGGGCAGCAAUGUGGUGGAGAAGAUAAGGAUGUUCAUUCACAAAAUCACAGCUCCUCUCCAUCCACAAGUAGAUGCCAACCGACCUCAAAGUGUCAAACCCCUCUCUCAUCCAUUCUCCAGAGAGAAGCAGCACCUAUUUGACCUGUCUGACAGGGAUAGGUUCUUUGAUAGCAAGACCAGGAGCUCAAUAGUCUUUGAGGUGUUGAAGAGGACAAAAUGCACAAAAGCCAAAUACUCCAUGGGGAUCACCAGUCUGCUUGCCAAUGGUGUCUACAUGUCUGCUUAUCCUCUGCAUGACGGAGACAUUGAGGGAGUGAAUGCAGAACCUAAUGACAGGAAACUGCUGUAUGAGGAGUGGGCCAGCUACAGUGUUUUCUACAAGUACCAGCCUAUUGGACUCAUCAGGAAAUAUUUCGGGGAGAAGGUCGGACUGUAUUUUGCCUGGUUAGGAGUCUACACACAGAUGCUAAUACCUGCUGCCAUUGUUGGAGUCAUAGUGUUCCUCUACGGCUGUGCCACUGUUGACGAUAACAUACCGAGUAUGGAGAUUUGUGAUCCCCGGAACAACAUUACCAUGUGUCCACUGUGCGACCGCGCCUGCAGCUACUGGAAGCUGGCGACCGCAUGCGGCACAGCCCGAGCCAGCCACCUGUUUGACAACCCAGCCACCGUCUUCUUCUCCAUCUUCAUGUCCCUCUGGGCCGUUCUCUUCAUGGAGCACUGGAAGAGGAGACAGAUGCGACUCAACUAUAUCUGGGACCUGACAGGUUUUGGAGAGGAGGAGGAGGAAGAACACAAGGAUCACAACCGAGCAGAGUACGAAUUCCGGGUCAUGCAGAAGUCAAUGAAGCAGGAACAUUCAACCUCGAAGGAUGAGAAAGUGAAGCUGACAUGUACAGAUCGAAUGCCAGCUUACGUGACUACCGUGGUCAUCAUGAUCUUCAUGAUAACUGUGACGUUUGCCAUAGUCUUCGGUGUCAUCCUGUACAGGAUUAGCAUUAAGGCAGCCCUGCACAUAAGCACCUACCCGGCAGCCAGGGCCAACAUCCGAGCCACAGUCAAAACUACAGCUGCCAUCAUUAAUCUCAUCAUAAUCAUCAUCUUAGAUGAAAUCUACGGCGCCAUCGCCCGCUGGCUCACCACACUGGAGGUUCCAAAGACGGACAAGAGCUUUGAAGAGCGCCUCAUCUUCAAAACUUUUAUCUUGAAGUUCGUCAAUGCUUUCACCCCCAUUGUGUAUUUGGCCUUUUUCAGGGGAAGGCUUGUCGGGAGGCCUGGAAACUACUUGUAUGUUGUUGGAUCCUACAGAAUGGAAGAGUGUGCCCAUGCAGGCUGUCUCAUGGAGCUGUGCAUCCAGUUGUGCAUCACCAUGCUGGGCAAGCAGCUCAUCCAAAACAACCUCUUUGAGAUUGGCAUGCCGAAACUGAAAAAACUGCUCCGGAAAAGGAAGUCAGAGAUUGACUCAAAGCAAGAAGAGGAGCUGAACAAAACCAUGCACCGUUAUGAGAAAGACCAUUUCCUCGGCCCAUUUAUUGGUCUCAACCCUGAAUAUAUGGAGAUGAUCAUCCAGUUUGGGAUGGUGACUCUUUUCGUUGCAUCCUUCCCUCUGGCUCCCCUCUUUGCUCUUCUGAACAAUAUCAUUGAGAUCCGCCUGGAUGCCAAGAAGUUUGUUACGGAGCUACGCAGGCCCAUUGCACUCAGAGCCAAAGACAUCGGUAUCUGGUACAACCUCUUGAGGGGCCUCAGCAAAGUAGCUGUUAUAGUCAACGCCUUUGUUAUCUCCUUCACCUCUGACUUCAUCCCUCGGCUGGUCUACCAGUAUACGUACAGCCCUGAUGGCACCAUGCAUGGCUUCAUUAAUCACACAUUGUCGUACUUCAACGUCAGCGACUUCCAGCCUGGCACAGACCCUCUGGAGCCAAUGCAUCUGGGCUACAAAGUAGAUAUAUGCAGGUAUAAGGACUACAGAGAGCCUCCAUGGUCUAACACUCCAUAUGAACUUUCCAAAGAGUUCUGGGCUAUUCUAGCUGCGCGCCUCACCUUUGUUAUCGUCUUUCAGAAUGUGGUGAUGCUUAUGAGUGACUUUGUGGACUGGCUGAUCCCAGACAUCCCCAAGGACAUCAGCCUCCAAAUUCACAAGGAGAAGAUCCUCAUGGUGGAGCUCUUUAUGAAGGAGGAGCAGGGCAAAAGGCUUGCACCAAGAGACAACCACAGCCAGGACAAUUGCACUCCUUCCUCACCAGUGAGUCAGGGUCAACAGCCCCGCUCACGGCCCAUUUCUCACACUAGCUGCAGUUAAACUGCGAGCUACUGGGUCUGUUAAAACAAGCACAAACGGCAAUGAGAAAACACAUCAAACUGUAAGUAGGUUAAUCAGCUGCUAGAGCUUGCUGGUCAAGGUUAAAACAGUCGUUCAUUGAUACAUUGUUAGUUUUUUUGCUGCAUUCAUGUCGUUUUGGAAUAUUUGUGGAACUCACACUUUGAUGUGUACACAUUAGAAUUCCAUCGCUGUAGAGACUGGUCGUGCUCCAUAUUUAGACAUUAGUUAAAUUUUUUUCAGACAUUUUAAAUGUUUAUCCAUUAACCAAAAUCUAACAAGUGCGUAGUUAUCAGCCAUAGACUUAUCUUAUUGGAUGUAUUUGAAAGGAACAAGCCAUUGGAGAGAAGAACUAGUGCCAAACUCGGCAUGCAGCAUGCAGCCUAUCAAACAGUGCAUUCAGAAACUGUACAGACCCCACACCUUUUCCCUCAUUAUGCCACAGUCUAAAAAUCAGCUAAAUUCAUAUUUUUCCAAGACUUGUUGGAAUGACAUGACUGACAGGUUUUGCAUGCCUGUAUAAGGUGAUUCUUUUCAAUCUUCUCCUGCUCUGUCAGGCUGAAUGAGGGCUGUGGUCUUCAGGUCUAUGGUUUCCAGAGAUAUUUGUCCGGGUUUAAACCAUAGCUCUGGCUUAGCAAUUCACAGACACAGCAGUGACCUUAAAGCCAUACAUUAGGGCCAUUGCCCUGCCAGUUAACAAGUUUGCCUUUGCUUUAUAGAGUCCCAUAGUGUUUUGAUUGGCUUGAUAUCUGCUACAAGCAUUAUUUCGUACUGUACUCACUCCAUGUGAAUUUCAGAGUAGAGAGUAAACAAUGUGGGCUAAUACCCCCUAAGAUCCAAGCUUUUUGUUGUUGUUGUUUUCUGUUCGUUCUGAGACUUGUAAGACAGCUGCCAGAUGUGUUGUGUGUUGGCAAAUAUCUGCACAUAUAUCACACAAGUGUGUGUCUGCAUUGUUUCAGUUUUGCUAAAUGUUUUAAUUAAAUGUGCUGGGGUUCCAGUCCAGUGUUUAAAGGGCUUUUGAAUUGAGGCACAACAGUUAAGUCUUGGUUAUUUCUUGCCUUUUCUAUAACCAUAAAGCAAGUCUUCAUGUCUUUCUCUGAGGCGACACUUUCAUCAGGUCACAUAAUUCAUGCAGCCACAGUGACCAUUGGAUUCUUGAUCACCUCUCAAAUUGAGGCCAUUCUCAGAAGGCAAGAUCACAUCACAGUCCAUCUCGCCAAUCAAGCACACAGACCAAUCAGCUGAACCACUGCCCAAAUUAUAUCAGCCAGUGUACGCCCCAGUUAAAUUUAUUAUUGUUUUUUUCGUAGUGGUGAGCUUUCUUGGUUAAGACUCCAACAAACUUUGAAUGCCAUGUAUCCUGUUAGCACCUGUCUCUUGAGACUUCAGUUCAGCUUUCAUAAUAAAGGCAAAAUACACAAGUCCGUCCAAAUGGUCCUGCUGAGAAGAUACUUCUCUCCAACACCAGUCUCAUCAUUUUUGUCUGUUUUUGGUAAGUGUGGACAUUUAUUGGUGUACAUUUUGAAUAUGCAACAUGGUCAUGAACGCGUGCUUUGGUUGUUGGAGUGAACAGCAGGAUUUUGCAAAUUUUCUUGAUAUUUGUUUUCUAAUUCUCUUGUAAGAGUAUCAUUGCUUUAUUAUUAUGAUUAUUUAUUUUUUAUUUUUUUUACAUUUCUCUGUAUAUUGCAGUUCUUAAAGUUGCAGUUGGCCAAAUUUAUAGCACAAAAUAACAUUCCCUCUCACAUGGUGAGAUGCUGUCGAUACACUGAAUGUCCUGCAUUCGCUUACUAAACUCUGGUAUUGGUUUUAACGUGAACUAUUUUUGUUUGUUUGCUUUUAACUUGGGGGCAGUAAAAGAAGUUCAGAUUAACCACUGCAUAGUUCAUCAUUAUGAGCAACACUUCAUUAUAUCUUGUUAAUGUUCAUAUUUGAUCAAUGCGACUUUAUCAAAGAUUUACGUCCUUGUUGAUUUGGUGACAGGCAGUAACAGCAAAUAUGGUUUAAUAGCACUGGUUACAGAAUUUCAGGUGACAAAUAAACUAUUACCACUUGGAAAAAAGUCAGGUAAUAACUGACGUUUUUUGUACAUGGCAUCAGCCUGCGAACAACAGCCUGUUUCAUGCAGUUCUCUGUUGUUACAUUACUACUUUAAAGGGACCUGCUGUCAAAAUAAUAAUAAUAAUAAUAAUAUUAAUCCAAAUGUUUCCAUUGUCUUUUUAGUGAGAAGUGUAAGAUCUCUUACAAAAUACAUUGCUUCGACUGCAUUAGAAUAAAAGACAAAUUGUGUUUUUCCAAUGAAAUGCUUUUAAUGUGAAGCUGCAGUAUAGUAGGAUGUGCUCAGAUUGCACAUAUUGCAUUUGCUAUUGUCUGCAGUGAUUUUGCAUUUAUAUCCAGAACAUUAACUACACAGAGCACUGAAUGUUAGUGGGCCAUAAUCUUGUUUUACUUUUGUGUUACCUCAUUCUGUAAUAGUGACAGACAUUUCUUUGAGACAAGAUUGUCUACAUUGCUACUUUAAGACUGAUAUCAUUAACAGUGAUCCAAAUCAGUUAAAUGCUUGUGUGCCUAGAAAUUGCGUUUGCUUAAUCAACCAAAAAGGUAAUGAUACUUAGUGUAUAUAUCAGUUUUCAGCUGAUGUCUGCUGCCCCCAAAUGGCCACAAAGUCUGCUUGUUGGCGUAGAUAUACGAGUGUAAAUUAAAAUGCAAAUGUCAGUUUUAAAUUGUUGUCCUAUUAUUUAUCGAACAUCUGUACAGACAGAUUUAAGUUACUGUGUACUAAAAUUGGAGAAUCACAUGUUUAUUGCAUAUACGAUGUAUACCAGUUUACUGCAUCGUGGAACAAAUGGGACUGAGACAUUGUUUCCUACCAGUGUGAGAUUCUCAUGUCAAUGGAUUUUUGUUUUUGUAUGAAUUUCUUUGUGUCUCAGCAAUAGCGUCCUACUCAAAGGCACCUCAGUGACAGAGGGUGAAUGUCUGAUAUUUUUACAGCAAUUCCAGGGUCAAACCUUGACCUCAUCACCCUUUAAACUGUGACUGACCUAUCUAAAACUUCUAUUUAGUAGGUUUCAGGUAAAGAGAUAGAUCAAACCAUGCAAAGCAGCUCUGUUUCAACAUUAUUAUCUUUGGCUUUAUAUUAUUCUUAUAAAUUACUUGGCAUUUUUUCUAAACCUGCAGCUCUUAAACAAAGCACACGGACAGAAAUAUGUUUUCAUUUGUACUAACCCCUAAACCACAAAAAGGGGUUACAUAUGUAACUGAACAAUGGGAGUAGGAUGUAGAGUGAAAUACACAGUCUGCAGUGUGUAAUCUGCCCCCUCCUGUAAAUAUGCUCAUUCUUUCCCAAUUGAAGCCCUCAGUGCUGACUGAUAGAAUGUAAUAUCCAGUUUUAUGUUCACUUUUGUAUGAUGACUUUAAGCUGAAAAUGUUGUUACUUUGUUUGUAGUUACAAUGCAACUGUAUUUCCAUAAAUGAAAGUGUCGCUAGCGCACGAGGGGCGAGUGGUCUGCCAGUUAUAGAUAGAUUCACAAAUACACUCAUUUACUUUAAAUGCAUUAUUUUACAAGCUGAAAACAAAAUAAUGGGCAUCUUUACUGUACCUCAAAGGACGACACUUUUUACGAAAUCAUUUUCUCUUUCAUAUUGUGUGGGUAUAAAUACAUUAGCGAGCUUUGGAGCUUGUUCUUGCUCAAAUAUUCCUUUCCUCUGUAUCUCAAAUGUGGAGACAUACCCCAUGCCCCUAUUCCUUGUCUUUGUUCUGUGGCCUUUUGCCAUGUUUGCUGUUACAACACCAACAGCAGUCACACAUUGUAAUAUGCUAUUAUCUAUUCUUAAUGUAUGUCAAAGCACGUUUCAGAGCGUGUGAGUGUCUUUGCAUGUAUAACCAAAUAGUCUCUUGUUUUUUUGUUGAUUAAACUAACUGCAAAUAAACCAGAUGUAAAUGACCUAGAGUGGAGAUGUUUACAGACAUUCCAACAUCUCACUUUGUUUGUUUAAUACAUAACUAAAAUACAUCUCAGCUAAGGUACAUUAUUAUUUCAUGUUGUGACUGUGUGCAUCUUGCAAAGGUAUGUUGUGGCAAAAACUACUAUUAAGAGCUUUAAGAUGUAUUAGUAGAUUGUAUGUAUACAUGGUGCACAUUUUAAAUGAAGUUACUUGAAGUUACUAACUAAAUUAUCACAGACUACAACAUAUUAUUUUUAUUAGCAAAAAGUGCACUGAAUUUGAGAGGUAACAACAAAGACGCUGCACAGAGAGCGGAGGUGAGGGGUCCAUAGAGACCCAGGGAACUUUGUCCCAGCCUCUAUGAGCACACUCUGAUUGAUUAUUUUUAAAAUGACUAUAAAGGACUGGGCUGUCUCUGCAAAUUGUGUUUGUUCUUAUAACUUUAAAACUUGAAAGUAAAAGAGUUUGAAUUAAUGAUCGAAUUCUAAUUGGUCUGUUGUUAUAAAAUCAUAACAUAUGUUAACUUGAGUAAGUCUCAGUGUAUCUGGCAUUUUCAUUUGAUGACCCAAAUAUGUUCAUAUCUUCUCUCUAUGUUUGUUUUAUUUAUUUCUGGAGCAACUCAUUAAUCCAAUAGUCUCUACAUAAACAGAGGGUUAAACUCAGUUUGCAGAGAUAUUCUCAUCUCUGACUCGGGAGUUCAGGAGUCAGAGAUGAUGCUUAUCGAUGAUCUGCUGUAAAAGAAAUUUGUAUUUUUUGUCUUUUUUGUGUGUGUUCUGUCCCUAUGUGCACAGCAGUGGGAAAUGGUUUGGCCACAAAUAAAAUCCUUCUUGUCUUCCUGUAAUAUA